ACGAGCGUGCGUCACGGUCAGACGUGGCGCAGCCGCAAGCACUCGGCCAGAGCCGAGUGCGAGCGUUAAACCGAUUAUAACAACAGUUGAUACUAGCGCGAUACGGACUGACAGCAAUUCGAAAGUCGUGACACACUUCUCUCUCCCAUUGUCCGAGAGAACUGUCUCGCGUAUACCCACAUUUUUCCCUUCGUCGGCAACUGCAGCAUCUUUAAUAGUAAUCAGGCCUGGUGGUGGUGUGACAGGAAUUUCAACGGUGUCGACGGUCCAUCCUCCUAAUCUGCUGCUACCACCAUGCCUGCGUGCAAAUCUUGUGACCGUUCUUUUGUCGACAAGAAUGCUCUCCGUAUGCACAGCGAGUCGAAGCACAAGUCUAAGCGCAAGUUUGAAUGCACUUACUGCAACCGCGCGUUCAAGACUUUGGGUGGAAGAGACACGCAUGAGGAGGCUAAGCAUUCUCGCCGAUUCGAAUGCGGAUACUGCGAUAAAGAAUUUACGUCCGAUGGAGCCCGUAUCCAGCAUCAGAAUGCGAAGCAUGGACCCCGCCCCCGCACCGUUAAUGCACCUUCGUAUCUAUCGAAACUACGCUCCCAAGCUGCGAUUUCUCCUGUAAAGCAGCCUAGUGUAAGCAUAUUCGGUGCUUUAUCCACGCAGAAACCCACCCCAGAACAUUCUGAUGAUAAGGAUGUCUUGACGACGCAGUCACCAAAGGUGGAGGUCGCUGCACCUAACACGGUGGCGAAUUUCGCAUGUGGAACCUGUGGAAAACCUGUCGCAACGAUCGUAGCUCUGGAGGCCCACGAGUCGGAGCAUAGAGUCGAUUCAUGUCCUUGCACAAUCUGCGAGAGAGCUGAUGGGCCUUGCAAUUGCAAUAUUUGCAAGCGCACCAACACCUUGACAGUAUCGGUGAAUGAGAAAGUUCCUGAUCGUGUUGUGACUGGCGAGCCCGAAGAAGCUACGUUGCCUACGGAUCCACUUGGGGCUAUCGAACCUAAGGUAGUCGAGGACUCUUUGGUUGGGUCCUGCGAUUUGGUCAUGACCCUGGAAUCCCAAGGAGCUACCGAUCUAUCAGUUGAUUGUAGCAUCCCAGCGCAGGGCAUGUACUUGCAGGAUCAACAAUCCUUGAUAGAAUUGGAACGCGAAGUGUGCACAGAGCACUUGACUCCCGCCCAGACACCCUUACCCUCACUUCACGAGCAUCACAGUCUUGAUGAUCCAACGUGUCCUUCUGAUGUUGCCAUGAACUUAACGGAGGAUCCUAACGUUAUCAACCCCCAAUCGAGUUUUGCAUCCAUGGAAUGCGACACCAUUCCUUGUCAUCCGAAUGUGCCAGACAUUCUGCACUCGAUGCUCACGCCAUCGUACAAGAGUCAGCAGUCUAUGAACGCAUGGGUUCAAGCCAACCUGACUUUUCCCUUGAGUUGACUUAUCCGGAAACCCAAGAUCACAACAUGUCCCCUCCCGAGAUAUCCAACGACCACCCGACAGUUCUCGACAUAGACAUGAGCCACGAGCAGGUCGAGAACCCUCUAGAGCGUGACCCCCUCGUUGCUGGAUUGGAACCUGAUUUCACGUCUCCGUCACACUCGACAGGAUCCCCUGCAAAUAGCAUACUUGUACCCGUGCAGAUGCGCUCUCCCCAUGUUCGCAUCUCUGAACGGCAGCCUCUCGCUGAGUCAGGCGAGCCUUUCGUUCGCAACCUUGUUCCUUCUCCGACUCCAUCCGAGCAUGGUAGCUGGGGGUCGCGUAGAAUUACUCAGGAUGAUCACUUGCAUUCCGAAGGCCGUCCUCUACACUCUCCAAUGACUUCUGAAGGUUCCACUGGUUACUUCUCCGACGCCGAUCGCUCCUCGACUCCAUCAAGC